AUGCAUCUUUUGCUUCCAAUUCUUUCUUUCGCCGCUUUCACGUUGGCGGCUCCGGCAAGCAACUUGCCGGUGGUGGAUCUGACCUACGCAUCAUAUCGAGCGAACAGUUUCAAUGAGACUGGUGGCUAUUACAACUUCUCGAACAUCCGCUACGCAGCGCCGCCCACGGGACAUUUCCGCUUCCGUGAACCAAUUGCGCCUACCGGACGGCAAUGCCACGUCGACAACGGGGACAUCGGGCGCGUGUGCCCUCAAUCUUCCGGAAAUUGGUCUCUCAUAGCUGGCCAGUUCUCGAAAGCCUAUCUCAACGGCCAACCAUUCGACUACAAUGCCGCAAUGGCUGCCGUCCCCAAGAGUGAUGCUAUCGUCAGCGCAGAUUCCCGCACCACUGAAGAUUGCCUUUUCCUCGAUGUCAUUACACCUAAGGCGGGUUUUGCCAAGAAGGAAAAUCGCUUGCCGGUCUUGAUCUAUGUCUAUGGCGGUGGCUACUCGAGCGGCGACAAGACAGGUGACGGUGACUUCAACCCCGCCGAACUUCUCAGAAUAAGCAAUUCGGGCUUCGUCUACGUCUCCAUCAACUACCGACUCGGCGCCCUUGGUUGGCUUGCGGGCAAGGAGGUCUCUGCCAAUGGGACCCUGAAUGCAGGGCUCUAUGACCAACGACUGGCUUUUGAAUGGGUUCAACAGCGCAUCCACCUCUUCGGGGGCGACAAACACAGAGUUACUGUCAUGGGAGGAUCAGCAGGUGCAGGGUCAAUCAUGCAUCACCUGACAGCCUUCGGUGGUCGCAAGAACGAGUCUCUCUUCAGCCAAGCCAUCCUUCUCUCACCCGCAUUCCUCCCUUCGCCAACGAUGAUCAGCGCCGAACGAGCGUUCAGCAACUUCCUUGCCCUCUUGAACGUCACAUCUCUCAGCGAAGCCCGCAAGUUGCCUAGCGAAGUUCUCAUCGCCGCCAACGCCUUGCAAAUCUACAGCGAGGCAUCCUAUGGAAGCAAUAUCUAUGGACCCGUCGUGGACGGCGCUCUCGUUCCUGCUCUGCCUGGUCAGCUACUUCUGAACGGGACGUUCAACAAGGACAUCAGGAUCAUGACGAUGCACAACACUUUGGAAGGUCUUACCUUUACCAACCCAACGAUAAACUCGUCCGCUGACUACCUCACCACGGUCACGUCAUCAUUCCCAACGAUCUCAAAGGACGCGCUAAAGUUCAUCAACACAACCCUCUAUCCUCCCGUGUUUGAUGGAUCUUUGGGGUACAAAGACGAGUUUCAGCGGGCCCUGGGCACAGUUGAGGACGUCAACAUCAUUUGCAACACCCACUACAUUGCCCAGGCGUUCAGUGAUAAGGCUUAUGCACUGCGUUUUGCAGUCCCUCCUGGAAUCCAUGGCCAGCAGACACCUUACGUCUUCCGAAACGGUGCACCAAGCGGCGUCGUUCCGUCAGUAGCUGACGCUCUCCAACAGUACAUCGUCAGCUUCGUCACCAAGUCGGUACCAACUUCGUCGAACGGCACUGAGAUGCCGGUGUACGGUGCAGGAUCCGUGUUGGUCAAUCUUGCAACUAAUGGCACCUCUCUGCAGAAGGAUGACACAGCAAACCAGAGGUGCACAUGGUGGCAAAAGGGAUUGUUCGCCUAA